CAUGACUGACGAGAAAGUGCAACUGGUGAAGACGAAAGAUGACGACUCCAUACCGGAGGUGGUGAAGAAAUACCCACAUGCCUACCGCCGUAAAACCAGGUGGGAGCUCCUCAGAAUGUGCAUCGGUGUUGUUGGCAUUGAUUUCUGCUACGCGGCCGAGACCGCAUUCGUCAGUCCAACAAUGCUCAAACUGCACGUGCCCGUGACCUUCAUGACCUGGGUCUGGGUGACGCCACCCAUCUUAGGGCUGAUAUGCAACCCCUUGCUGGGCUCUCUAAGUGACAGGUGUCGUUCUCGCCUUGGAAGACGUAGACCCUUCAUUCUUAGCAUGACUGUUGGAGUCCUUCUUGGUCUGCUUCUCCUGCCAAAUGGCUACAGUUUAGGGCAACUUCUGGGAGACAAAUGCAACCCGUUCCAAGCAGAUGGUAACAGUAAUUGUUUAAGCAACAACUCUCAUUUCGAUGGGAUUCAAAUCAAUGCCAAUGGUGCCGAGACAUCCAGAGGUUUGACCCUCGGCUCAACAGAGAACGAAUCCAACUCAAUUGGGAACAAUUCUAUGCUUCUGCUUGACAAUCCAUCAACUAUCGACACUGAAUGCGAACUCAAUCUCAUCUGCCCAAUAGGAAUUGCCCUAACAGUCAUUGGACUCCUUCUCAUGGACUUCAGUUGUGAUGGCAGCCAGUCCCCCUUCAGGACUUAUGUCAUCGAUCUAUGCACAGAAGAGGACCAAGUGCGAGGCUUGACAACCUUUACGAUCGUCUCGGGAAUCGGUGGUUGUGCAGGUUAUGCCAUUGGUGGAGUGGACUGGGAGAGUGUGACUGGCAGUUACAGUUUCAUCACGCAGCUCCGAGUAGUUUUUGGUGUCGCUUUGGGUCUCCACUUGAUUUGUGUGUUGUUUGCGGUGACCAGUUUUGGGGAGAUUCCUCUUGAUGACCUUCAGGCUGGUAGUGACGAUGAAGGCUUGGAUCGUGAGGAGCCAAAGCUGGCAUUGGACAAUACGGAAGCUGGAAACGGUGGUCACCGCCUUGACUAUGGCGCUGUUCCCGAUAGGCCUACUGAGAAGGCAAAGAACAGCAACGAACACGGGAACAGCAGAACAUCCUUCCUCACUUACGCGAAGUCGAUAAUAUGUUUGCCAAAAUGUGUCGCCUGGGUUUGUGUCUCAAACUUCUUCCUUUGGAUGAGUAUCGUGACAUGGGCACUUUAUUUCACCGAUUUUGUUGGCCAGGCUGUGUACCAUGGUUCUCCGAGCGCCCCCGACGGAUCCGUUGAGAGUAAUCUCUACAAUGAUGGUGUCAGACUCGGCUCGAUUGCGCUGGCGAUGUAUGCUGCUACAAGCUCCAUUUAUUCCUUGUUCAUCGAGAGAUUAGUUGGGAGGUUUGGAACGCGUGUUGUCUACAUGAUUGGCCCUGUCGCCAGCAUCAUUGGAGCAGUGAUAAUCGCCUCCGUAAGGAUAGUCCCAGUCGUCCUGGUGUUCUCACCGACCAUUGGCAUAACUUACGCGACACUCUUCACCCUGCCUUAUAUUGUCACUACAAAGUAUCAUGAGCAAGGGAUGUUCAACGAUGCCGCUGGGAAAAGUUCUCGUGGUUUAGGAACCGACGUGGCCUUGGUGACCAGCAUGUUGUUCCUGGCUCAGAUCGUCAUCUCCCUCUGUAUGGGCGCAAUGAUUCACGCCACUGGCUCAACCAUUACCAUCCCAGUGACGUCAGCGAUCACGGGGUCAAUCGGAGUGAUCCUGUCUUCACAAAUUACACACCUAGACCAAACGGAAAACUAGAUUUUUUUAUGAGAAUGGCCAUCAUCAGUCAUAUCGCAUCCGGAGGAAAUCGGGGGUUAAUGUUCGCUAGGGCCGGGAAGCGAACAUUAACCCCUGAAUUCCUCAGGAUGUCAUAUCGGGGCGAAGCGAAUUCAAACCUAUUCCC